AUUUCAAAGUGUUUUAAACUACUAAGAAACAUGGCGCUUCUGAAUAAAGCAGAUUGGUACACUCCAGCUCCUUUUUGGCAAAAUGGUCCUGCACCUGGUGCAUUUUAUCAUUUCCCGGGAGGUUCUACACAUUCCAAUGUCGGGGGAUUGCAAAGAUCACAGGCCCCUAUGACAACUGGUACAUCUGUAGUUGGAAUCCAAUUUAAAGAUGGUGUUCUUAUAGCAGCAGAUAUUCUUGGUUCCUAUGGAUCAUUGGCAAGAUUUAGGAAUCUUGAACGUGUGAUGAAAGUCAAUGACAAUAUUAUCCUUGGUGCAGGAGGAGAUUAUGCUGAUUAUCAAUGCUUGAAGAGCAACAUUGAAAGAAAAAUUCUUGAAGAAGAAUGUUUGGAUGAUGGUUUAUCUUUAAAACCAAAAGCUCUUCACUGUUGGUUAACUCAAGUAAUGUACAAUAGAAGAUCGCGUUUUGAUCCGUUUUGGAAUAAUUUCAUUAUUGGUGGUUUGGAGGGUGAUAAACUGUUUUUGGGUACUGUGGAUAAACUUGGCACAGGUUAUAGUGACCCAGUAAUAGCAACUGGAUAUGGUGCAUAUAUGGCAACACCUAUCUUAAGAAAAGCUUAUGAAGAAAAUAAAGAAAUGACUAAAGAACAGGCAAUUGAGCUUCUAUACAAAGUGAUGCAAGUUCUUUUUUAUAGAGAUGCACGAUCUUUCCCAAAAUAUCAACUUGGAAUAAUCACAAGAGAGGGAGGUGUUGAAAUACAAGGACCAUUAACUUUAGAUAGUUACUGGGGGCCUGCUAUUAUGUAAAGAUAAAUAUAAAUAAAUUUUUCUUAAUAAAAUGUA